AUGGAGGAGGAGGAGCAUGAGGUGUACGGAGGAGAGAUCCCAGACGAGGGAGAAAUGGAGGGGGAUAUUGAAGCUCAUCAUGCGGACGUUGACAUGUCCACCGCCGACGACGACGCCGUCAAGGAGUUGGACGAGAUGAAGAAGCGCUUGAAGGAGAUGGAGGAGGAAGCUGCUGCUCUUCGCGAGAUGCAGGCUAAGGUUGAGAAGGAAAUGGGCGCUGUUCAAGAUCCUGCAGCUGUGGCUGCUUCUCAAGCAAACAAAGAAGAGGUGGAUGCACGAUCUGUUUUUGUUGGCAAUGUUGAUUAUGCAUGCACACCUGAAGAAGUGCAGCAGCAUUUCCAAUCAUGUGGCACAGUUAACAGAGUGACUAUACUGACAGAUAAAUUCGGCCAACCAAAGGGUUUUGCUUAUGUGGAAUUCCUUGAAACAGAAGCUGUUCAAGAGGCUCUUGUUCUAAAUGAAUCUGAGUUGCAUGGGCGGCAAUUGAAGGUUUUGCCUAAAAGGACCAAUGUUCCUGGUAUGAAGCAAUACAGACCUAGACGCUUCAAUCCUUAUAUGGGUUACCGCUUCAGGCGGCCAUAUGUACCUCCUUACUUUUACUCCCCCUAUGGAUAUGGGAAGGUUCCCAGGUUCAGAAGGCCAGCUCGAUACAUGCCGUAUUACUAG